GGUUGGCAGUUCGUUGCCUUAGCAACGGCGUCUGGCGGACGGCCUGUGAGUGAGGAGGGGCCGGGCGGGGAGGGAGCGGCUCGGCCCGCUCACCAUGGGGACCAUUAGGGUCUAUUACACCAGCGUCACCGGAUCCAGGCAGGUGAAGCAGAAACAGGCAGAAGUUACUCGAAUUUUGGACAUUAACAAAACAAAGUAUGAGUUAAUAGAUGUAUCCAUCAGUGAACAUCUGCUUCAAGAGAUGAGGGCAAAGGCUGGUAAUCCUAAUGCAGUACCUCCUCAGAUAUUCAAUGGUGAUGACUACUGCGGAGACUUUGAGAUGUUAUAUGAAGCAACUGAAAAUGAAGAAGUUUGGAAGUUUCUGAAGAUGGCAUCAAUAGACAAGCCUGCAAGAGAGGAAAUUACUGUCUAACUGGUGUAUCCAGAUCUGAACUCCAACAAUUCUUUAGGAACCAAAUCUACUAAAUAUAUUUAUUUCUUAAUUGUUUUGUUCAUUAUUCAGGGUAAAUAAAUCUUAUGUAUUUUUGUGUUUUAAUAUUAAAAUAUAGUAGAUUCAGGUCUUCUUUGAUAGACUACACAUUGUACCAUUCAAAAGCAGUUUUUCAACCAAACUAGAAGAUAGAUGUCCUAAAGGCUUCUAAACCUCUUUUGUUCUGAAAGCCAACUUACAUUGUUUUCCAUGUUUCUCAGGGGUCUUUUAUUAAACAAAGUAGUUCAUACAUAUCUUCUUUAGACCUUUGGCAUGAGGCGAUCUUUUUUUCUAAUACAGCAUACAUAGAAAGAUUAUAUUGUUAUAUUCAUUGAGCAGUUUUAUUUAUGUGGGACAUUCAAUAAAAGGUAAUGAGUAUAGUAAUAAUUGUUUUUGGUUUAACUGCAAUUCUUUUCUAUUGGUAGUACUAUCUCAUAUCAUCUUUCUUCCACCAUGGGACAAUACUGCAUCCUACUAUUACGACACCUAGAAUUACUUUCAUAUUCUAGAUAUUCCCUUUCUUGGAAAACAUUAGUCUCACUCGUUGAAGCUGUUCCACUGUGGAUAGAUGAUGAGUGAUUGGAGCAGGGGGACUGGAGCUGGGGUCUCCUACCUCCCAUGUAUGUGCCCUAACCACUAAACCACAAGGUCAUUCUCUCCUCCCGCACUUGCUCUCUGGUCCAGUGCCUAUUUAAGUACAUAUCCAGAGUGGAACAGUCAUUGGACCACAGAGAGAGAGAAUGACUCUGUAGUGCAGUGAGUUUAAGUGCCAGCUGGGUUUGUCAGGCGCUUUGUGGAUCACAGCAGAACCAAACCUGUGACUUUAUCUCAAACUUGAAAGGGGUGUGGGCAUGAGGCCACAAAUGCAGAGCCAGCUGUAGUGGAAUUUAACAGGCAUGGUGUUGAAUCCUUAUGAAGAGCCUUUCCAUUAAGUAUUUUAGGUAAAGAGGCUUUAAAUAACCUGAAUAAAAAUCACUUCUCCUCUCAAUUAAUCAGAUUUAAUUUCUUUGGUAUUUAUGUCAAACCUCAUAGUUGUCCAUUCAUCCACAGAGUGUCAGGGUACUAAUGCUGAAACAAACAAACACAAAAUAAACUUCUCUCGCUCUAUAUUUAUCUUAAGCCAAAAAAUGGUAAAACCUACUUUCCCCUCUCUUUGGAGGUCUCCCUUAAAUUAGGGAACAGCAUGAUGAAUUAUAAGGAAAAGCUAUCAAACAAAUCAUGCCAAGCCAACCUAAUUUCCUUCUUUGUCAGAGGUAUUAGUCCAGUGGAUGGGGGUAGGGGAAAAGCAGUAGAUAUGAUAUAUCUUGAUUUUAGUAAGGCUUUUGACGCAAUCCCACAUGACAUUCUCAAACAAACUAGGAAAAUGUGGUCUAGAUUAAAUUACUAUAAGGUGGGUGCACAGCUGGUUGAAAGACCGUACUCAAAGAGUAGUUAUCAGUGGCUUGCUGUCAAACUGGGAGGACAUAUCUACAGUGACCCCAUGUGGGUCAGUCCUAAGUCCAGUACAGUUCAAUAUUUUCAUUAAUGUCUUGGAUAGUAGAGUGGAAAGUAUGCUUAUAAAAUUUGUGGAUGACACCAAGCAGGGAGGUGUUGCAAGCACUUUGGACGAGAGAACUAAUCCAAAAUGUCCUUGACAAAUUGGAGAAUUGAUCUGAAAUCAAGAAGAUGGAAAUCAAUAAAGAUAAGUGCACAGUGUUUCACUUAGGAAGGAAAAAUCAAACGCAUAACUACAAAAUUAGGAAUAAUUGACUAGGUGGUAGUACUGUUGAAAAGGAUCUGGGAGCUAGAGUGGAUCACCAAUUGAGUCAAUAUGAUGCAGUUGCAGAGAAGGCUAACAUGAGGUGUAUCCACAAAAACACCAGGGAGUUCAG